AUUUUAUUUUCGUCAGUAUACGUGUAAAGUUAAAAUUUUGCCAGCUUCGAACGCAGUACUCUUUUUCUGUUGGUGAUAUUGAUAAACUUCAAAUUGAAGAAGAAGAGAGAAACAAAAGGGUUUGCUUGCACUACUUUAAACUUUAUGGACCAGUUGCAAAGGCGACGAGAUAUGACGUCAUGAGUCGUUAAAAUACGUUUUGAACGCGUGUGCCAUUAUGAAAAACGGCGGCAUGGCGAUAUGAUCGAAAACCCACCGAAACCGACUGAAAGACCUGUGCUGAAAUGGAAAAAGGAAAAACUUGGUGGCCAUCUCCUAACUGGACUUCAAACGAUUCGUCACGCAUGGGCCGUAAUCAGACUGAAGCAAUGGACCCUGUUUACGUGUUCACGCCCGCUGGAAACACUGCUAAACAUGUGCUCUGCUUAGUUUUGUCAGUCAUUGGCACAGUAGGGUUCGUUGGAAACUGUUCGCUGUUUUACUUUCUUUGGCAGAAGAAAACCACAAGUCCAAUCCAAAAGAGUCGUUUCGUGCGCAGUUUGAACUUGUAUAUGAGGAGUUUAUCCCUCUCUGAUCUCCUUUCUUGUUCCCUAUCGUUACCCGUUCUAUGCCUUCAAAUUCUUUUCGAUCUUAUGCAGAGUGGGUGGCUGUGCAAGAUGGUCCGCUAUUUGAAUUUCGUGUUUCCCGCUAUUACGAUAAAUAACCUAGUUGUUAUCAGUUUAGCGAAAUAUUUAUCAACUCGUAAGAAUCCUUACACGCUUGGAGUCACCGCAGUCCGUAGGAUGAUCAUUGGGGCUUGGAUUUUAGGAAUAACCACCAUGUUACUUCCAGCAGCCACUUACGACGGAGUAGCAGUGCGUCUAAAUGACAGUCAUUUUACAGUGAUCUGCCGUUACAAUCAGAACUUCUAUCCUUUUCAAAUAACCGCCGUUAUUUUCCCAUUACAAUACGUCAUUCCUGGCAUUUUCAUAACAUAUGUCAACGCGUGUUUGCUGAAGACUCUGUGGAUUAGGACUGGAAGACAAAUUCGUCAUGCAAAGACCAGUGCUUUCAAAGCAAAACUUACAGUUACCAGAAUCAGGGCAACUUAUCUUCUAAUUUCUCUUACAUUUGCCUUUAUAUGCCCGUAUUUUGUCUACAUAGGCAACACUGCAUACACCCAGAUAAUGAAACCGCAGCGCUCAUUUUCAACAGAUUACAUUGUGCGUUAUGUGGGUGGCAGUAUUGGGGCAUAUUUCAGCAGUGCCUUAAACUUCAUCAUAUACUUUGUCCAAAUUAAGGAUUUUCGCGCAUAUCUAAGAAACAACUUCCGUUCGCGAUGCAUCAGGAUCAACACGUAGUAAAGUAAACAGUUUGCUCCGUCGAGACAGAACAACCUGCAGGAAAUUGAAAAAUGUCAAGUAAAGAGGGUGAAGUGCAUGAAAACUUAAAUGUCCUGUGACAAUAGUUUCUUUACUUCAGUCGCCUUCACAGUGGCUUCGCGUUGGUAUUUUUGACAAGUCUUUACCUUAAAUGUAGACGAUCCCUAUUAAUAUGAAGAAAAAAGAAAUGAUUGUAGGCUGUUCGUAAGAUUUGAGUGUUACGCGAUAGUCUUUUGGUACUUAGGUUAAGUAAUUGUGCGCGUAUACGGGACGAAAGCUCACUGUGGAAGGACAUUUCUUUUAUUAAAACAAAAAAUCUAAUAAGAACAAAAAAAUGGAAUGUUCCGUACAGCUGCUUGUAAUUCAGCCCAAACCCUCUGUCGAUAUGCCUAGCUUAUUGAUGCUAAAUACACGCAAGAAAAGACCAAUUACUUUCGCUGCUCGUUUCAGGCAUUAUCUUUGUUAGGUUUUUGCCUCUCUUAAUUAUGUCUAAAAGAUGUUAAGGUUUAUUAGUCUUGUUUUUGGAGUGCAAGAGUUCUUAGUUAAUAUUUCCUUCGUUAUUUGAGCAUUGUUCAUUAAAAGAUUGUUCGAUGACAUGUCAAAACGAUCGAAUUGUUAGAACUUCAUUCGAAAGCGGAUGUUACAACAAGAACAACUUAGAUAUUGAAUGCAUGAUCAAGAAUAUACUCUUACAAUAUAAGAAAUCGAUUUGUCGGCCGAAGAGCCCGACAAAUGUUUGAGGUAAAGUUGAAUAAUUAAGCGGAUAUUUUGAGAGUGAAUUUCCUCUCCAUCGAAAUAAAUGAAAAAUAUGUAGCAAAUUCAGCCAAAAGGUGAAACGAAUAGCAACCAAAGAUAAGGAAAAGGAAAAAAAUCGAAUCUACAGCUGUUAGACUGAACCUGAAAAAAUGUAAUUCUUAAAAAUUGACAAAAAAUUCAGUCUUGAAAUACGAAUGGCAGUAUCAAGUCUUAGUUUUCCUAACCGAAAAAAUAUCCAAACCAAGCCCAGAGAUUAAUCUCAAAUUAAAACUUUACUUAAAAUUUUCCAGCUGGCCCAGGCGAUAAAAAUAUAACCAUCUUAGCCGGGAGGAAAUGAGGAGGAGUGUGGGAAGGAGUAAAUCAUGGAGCAAAUGUUGUCUAAAAUAUGACAUACAAUUAUGUCCUCGGUCGGAAAAAGUAAAACAUUUUACUCAGAUUUGCCAAAGCCGCUUUCGAACGUCUAGGCGUUUUUCCUUGACAUUCACAUAACAUCUUCUGGCUAAGCUCAUCGCCAAAAGACACGACAAAUUGUGUAUUAUAGAGAGUUUUAAAUAGUUUUUGCGAUAAGCAAGUUGCACCAGCAUAAAUAAAGCGACAUAGUUUUAUUUUUCA